GCGAUUUCUAUGCACACGAGAUUAUCAGAUCUUAGAAAAUCUCAGAAACCGGUUGAACCGAUCAAGUUCUGAGUAAUGGAUAAAAUGGCAUAAAAAGUGCUUUUAUGUCUUUUUUGUGUCCUGCGAGCGGAAAUAUCGCGAUGCAAAGCUCAUUCAUGUUCAUUCUUGCAUCAUUGUUGUUCGGACGCUUCUUGAGUAAAAAUAUUCUCGUUUAGUGCAUGCACGCUAUUCUCGAAGAAAGAAUGAUUAAUUCCUCGUGGUUGCAGAAACUAAGGCCAGGACUCAAAUACGGAGCUAAAUACUUUCAAUACGAUCACGAGCUUUCUGGUGGCAGGUCUCUCUCAGUUGACCAACUCGGAGCUAGAAUAAUCAUUGCGAAACGCUUACAACAAAGACUUCUCCUGAAGAGAUUGUUCAUUUUCUUUAUUUAUAGAUAUUUUACUAUAAAAUAUUAUAAAUUAAUAGUAUAAUACAUAUAUUUGAAUACAUCAACGUUUGUUUCAAAAAGUCUUCAAGUUUUUAAAAAAAGAACUUCAAAGCAGUGUGAACUGAUAAAAUAAUUAAUUUAAAGUAAAAAAUAACAAUGUCCCAAAAUUUAGUAUGGAAUUAUUUCACCCAACACAGACGACCAGUAGCAGAAUGCAAUUUAUGUAAUGAAUGGUACCAUAGUGAACAAGUGCUAAAUUUAGAGAAACAUCUGAUACUUGAACAUCCAGAAAUAAUAACAGAAAUACAUGAAAGUAUUAGACGUGCCGAUUUAGCAGAAUGUUUUAUAUUUGAUAUGGGAGAGGUAAGAUGUAAAUAUACUGAUAAUUACGUUGCCAACAUAUUUGACGGGAUAGAAUACUUAAAAGAUCACUUGAGCAAUCAUAGUAUAAAAGAUUAUGCAAGAGCGCUUAGAAGUGAACAAAGAAAUCCAGACCAAGCAUCACAAUCAACAGCCACAGAGGACAACGCAAGUGCAAGUGCUAAUAAACAAUCGACUGAUGCACUUUCGCAAAACACUAAAAGUCUUAAAGAAUUACUAUGGGCCAAUUCCAAUAACUUGGUAUGGCGACAUUUCAAACCAGUUAGAAAGUUUUAUGCAAUACCUGUAAAAAUCGCUGCAAAGGUAGAUUUUUGAUUCCGAAGAAAAGAUCUUUAAAUAUUUUGAAAUGUACCAAGUAAUGAUGACUGCCCAUUUUAACCUUAAAAUCAGUCAAUUUAGAUGUUGUAAGCAGCAUGUGAUGGCAGAGAGUACAUCUCGAAGAUAAGAAAGAAAGAAAGAAAGAAAGAAAUCGAAUAAAAAAAAAUUCAGUUUAAAUAUACUAUCAAAUAUACACCUAUCGAUUAUAAAGAGACUUGUGUUUUUGUAGCUAAAAUCUCUACUGUUAGAAUUUUACUUUCUAUUAUUAACUGUAAAGAUUUUAUUGCUCAUUAGAUGUUAAAAACACUUUUUUGCAAGGUAAUGUACAUCAGUACAAAAUUUUGUAAUGAUAUCACACGUUUUGUAGUGUUAAGUAACUUUUUGUACAUCUAUUUAUGUCCUGGAAAUUAACCAUUAGGCCAUACAAACGUGCAAUUCAAUUCGAUCUGUACACAUAAUAAAAGUAAAUAAAAUGUAAUAAGUGCAGUUAAA